AUGCCUUUACUCAUGAUAAACCAUAAUUAUACAAUUCACACUUACGGUGAGAAUUAAAAUAAUUAAUUAAUAAAUUAAGAAAGCAACAAUGAGCUCUUUAAUCAAGAUUUCGUAACAAUAGACAUUUACUUUGGGCUAGACUAUAACAGAUCCUAAGAAGGACCAUCGGAAAUAUUUAAUCCUACCUUGUUUAAAAAUGGAUCAGUAGAACCAUAUAAGAUAUCUGAAAUCCAACAGAUGCAAAAGGUCCCAUCUGAUUAUGGUAGUUUUGUUAAGUUCAAAUUUUACUUAUCUAACAGUUCUCUGACAAUAAUGAAAUUGAGGUUUAUUGAGCACAGCAUCUAUACCUUUGCUGAAAAUAGUUUGAUUAGUGCCUAUUAGAGCUUAAAUUGGGUAAAUAUAACUGAAUGCUAAUUCUAUGUGUAUUACGGAUUACUUUUCAGCUAAUAUGGAAUGCGUUUGACGUUUUAAAAUUCAAUAAUCGAUUACACUAAUAUGUAAUACACAGUUUCAUAUGACUAAGAUAUGUACAUUUGUUCAGAUUUAACGAAUGAGGUGAGUCCUUUCGUAUAUUAUUUUUUGAACAAUACUCUACAAGGAAUUGGAGUCGGUGAAUUAGGAUUUAUAUUUAACAUGCGAAACAAUUUCAAAUUAUUCUUGCUAAAGGAUAAUAUUAUAAAGGGUUUUUUACAAAACUAAUUUGGAACUAUUCUCUAUUUUUACUUCGGAAACCCAUGUCCAAAUGACAAAGGCUUAAGAGAAUUUAUUAUAGAUGGGAAUGUAAUGGAUCUUUUUGAUUUGCCUUUUUAAUAAGGAAGUUUCAUGGUUGUAGACAUUUCACCAGGUUAUUAGCAAAAUGCAUCGAUCUAAAUUACUAAUAACGUGUUUAGGAAUUUAGGAUAUGGUAUUGAGGGCAGAAAUUUUAUUUAUAUCAUAGAUAAAAGCUUUUAAUCUGUAAAAAUCAACCUAGAAAAUCUUACUUUUGAAGGGUUAUCGACUAAUCUAGAACUUCCAAUAGCUAAAUUAGAAAUAUAUUAAAGUUCAAUUAAUAAUGUUACAGUUAAAAAUUCAGAGAUUUCUUCAGGUUUUUAAAUACUUUCUGCUAUAAGCUAAGUUUCUAAUGUAGAAUUUAUAAAUAUAACUUCUAAAGCAAACCAAAUCUUGUUUAUUCAAUAAUUUGAAUAUAUAGAACAUUUCGAUUUCUAGCAAGAAUUUGAUUCAAUUUGA